CAAGAAUUAACCAAUAAACUAACCGAACAAGAGGAAAUAUUAAAACAAAGACCAGAUAUUACUAAUGAAAAAUACCAAGAACUUUUAAACAAUCAAGAAAAACAUCAAGAGGAAGAAUUAAAACCGGAAAACUUGCCGACUGAUUGA